AUGGCCGAUUACGGACGGCUCAAGUGGACCGACGACCCGCGGUGGACGAACGCCCGCAAGCGUGACGCGUGCAAGGGAUUGGCGGAGGCCAGCCACCGGGACCGCGACGCCGAGUGGCUGGCUGGCGACGUGGCGACGGCCGAGCGGCUGGCCGACGCCAAGAAGGCGGCGGCCGAACUGUACGAAGCGGUCGGCGCCCGGGACGACUUGGUGAGUCGCUUGCUGCCGGACCAGCGGAUCGCCGGGCGGGCCGCGUACUGUCGGAUGGAGUCGGCGGCGGCUGUCGAGCGGUCGCUGAGGGAGAAACUGGUGCGCGGCCGGUACCGGUUGGACAAGUGCCGGCAACGGGUGGCCAGUAAGACGGCGCGCAUGGCCUGGUUGAGGGCGAGCGUGGACGCGGCCAGGAACCCGAGGCCGGUCCGGCCGCCGAGGCGGCCGCCGGUGUUGGAGCCCGCGCUGUUGCUGGACGAUAAAGUGGACGCGCUCAAGCUGGGUAACCUGCAGGCGGCCAGGGCCCGCGACAUCAUAGCCGACAACUCGGUCAAGAGGAACGCGCUCAACGAACAGUUGGCGGCCGACGUCCGGCAACAGGCCAUCGCCGUGGUCGAGCUCCUCGCGUACGGUACGGCCGCCAAGCAAGAGGCGGCCGCGUACCACCGGGAUUUUUGCCGGAUGGCGGCCGAGCAAGAGCACCGCGUUCGGCGGAAUGAAGCGCACAAGAGCUUCCUCGAUACGAGGAUAUCGACGCUGGAAUCUAGCAGGAGAAAGAUGAUUUUCAAUCGAAUACAUAAUAAUUCUGACGAGGAAAUAGAAUUCGUUACUGGAGAUGCAAUGUCUGUGACUGAAUCUGAUUUGGAAUUACGUACCUCAAAUAAACCAGACAACAAAUACCUGACGUUGUUAAAAAAUUGGAUUGACACUGAAAUGAUAGAGAAACAGAGUUCGUCUACUAAAGAAAGUGAGCAGCCGUCUAGUACUUCCAAUGUGACAUAUCCAAGCGAUACUAUUACUUCGAACUCGUAUACAUUUCCCGAAGAAAAGGUCAACCAAUAUAAGUUCAAAAAACAAGCGACAAGCAGAGCAAUUGAAGCUGUAGAAUACGUAUGUGAAACGUUAAACUUCUCAAACAUAACAGAAGUACUGCAUUAUUUUACGUCAGUUAAAAAUGUGGAAAUGCGUAUAAAAAAAAUGAUAAACAUCCGAAAACAUCUACUCGAGAUCGCACAAGAAAGUGUGGCAUCUGCGAACGAAGUGAAGGAGGAAAGCAUAAAUUGUUUACCAGAAGCGAUUUUGCAGUUAGAUGCUAAUAUUGAAUAUAUCCAGCGUGAGGGUUUAGACGUCCAGAAAAAACAAUUUGAGGAUGUCAAUAAAGAUAUUACAGGAUACGGUAUACUGUUCAAUGAACUUUGGUUCCAGUUGGAUAGUCUCGUGGGAAAACUCGAACGAUGCCACGUGCCAGUAGUGAGAAAAUACCAACUGCACAUGAAAAAUCGGGACAUGAAUUCCGAGCCGAUGAUGGACGCUCAACAGAUGCUGGAGGGGUUGUGCUUGCAACAUUUAUCUGUCACCAACGACGAAUGUUCCACUAUUCGCCAUACCCCGACGGCCAAGUCGAUCGAAUCUACAUCGGAAACGUCUAAUGUUUUUGAUAGGAAUCCGGCCGUGGACGCUUGCCGGAAGUUGUCGGAGGUACUGUACACCAAAGUCAAAUCGUGUAUGGUGCACAUUGGCAGUGUCUUCGAUUCCGGUGACAAAAAACAGCUAAUGGCCAGGGCAUGCUUUGCUUACGACCGGCAAACCCAGAUACAAUGGGACGUUGCCGCCACGAAGGACCGGAAGCGCCGGGCACGAGACCGUUUACAGCUGUCGGCGGACAACGUCAAACACAUGACGACUGACACUAAAACUACCGGAAUAAUGACUCGAAUGCAGACCAAACAGCAAGCCCAAGACAUCGUCCAGUGGUGCAUCACGCCCAAGGACACGGAUGAUGCGAAGAGAACGAGAAAGCCCAUAUCGUUCCGGAAAUCCCGAAUCGUUGUGCGUGAACGUAAAAAGUUCUAA